CCUUCACAAGCCCCUGGUCUUCCAGCUUCUCUCCUGCCUGGGGCCAGUGUCCAGAUGCUUGGGCUUGGUCUCCCCUCCCUCCGCCCCGAGCAUCCCUGCAGCUGGGGGCUCCCUGGCUGUGGGUCUUCCCUUCCUGUCUUCAUGCUGUCCGCCCGCCGGGACUCAGGGCCAGCGCGGCAAGCAAAUGCCUGGACGUCCAUCCCUGCUGGGUUGGUUCACAGAAGCUGUUUGCAGCUAUUUGCUUUUCCUAACAAGAAGGAGACUGACGCCUAAAUUUCUUUGGGGGGAUGUAUCAGAACGAGGCUGAAAAAGACUUCGGAGGAACAGCAGGAAGAAUUCCAUGUUAAGUUUGGGGAAAUUUUGUAACAGCCGCUCCUCAGGCCCUAGGGUUUGGGAACAUUUUGGUGGUAGGCAGUUUAGAGGGGCCCUUGAGACAGUCCAAAAAAGGAGAGUCUGUUUUCAGCCAGCUCCCCAGCAACCGGUGGCCGUCCAGAAGGAACACCGCGAGGGAAGAGGUGCCCCUGAGGAUGCUUUGGGUGCAGCUCUUCGGUGGACUAGGGGCUGUUGCCGCCGGGAGGGCUCGGGGACGGCGAGAUCGCUGCGGGGCUGGGGGCGCCCGUCCCGCCCGGGUCAGCCGGGCCCUCUCCGCGCCACGGAGGCGCCGGUCCUCCGGAGCCCAGAGCGUCCCGGAAGUGCACGCGCGAGGCCGGGGCGGGGCGAGGGCGCACUUCCGGCCGGCGCGCGGGCGGCCGCCUCCCGCUCGGAAGGUCCCAGGUGUGCAUACCUUCAGCAGGCCUUGGGGAAGAUGGCGACCCUGGGGGACGGUCAGGAGCCCCCUCGUGUCCCGUCCCCUGUCAAUCUUGCGUCACCAGGGACACCUGGAACCCACCGCCUCGAGGCCCGGCUUCACCUCCACGGUCAUCAACACGACUCCCCCGGCUGCAGCCCUGAGGUGCUCUCCCAGCCACCGCAGGAGGAGGAGGAGCGGUCCCACCUGGAUCUCCGAGAUGUGGAGGAGGUCCGGAUCGGCCGAGAUUCCGAGGCGGAGCCGGCUCCCUCCUCUCCCCACCCCCGCGACCCUGAAGAGGAGGUGCACCAGGACAGGGGGCCCCUGAGGAGCCUUCCCCGUAGACCCAAGUGUGGGGACAGCUUUGGGCAGGAGUCCAGCUCGGAGCGGCCCACGGGCCAGCCGCCGGGGACCGCGCCCUGCCCCCAGAAGAGGGGCACCUGGCGCGUGACGCCGCCGCCGCCGCCGCCGCCGCCGCCGCAGGGAGCCUCCGGGACCGAGGGGGACCCCGAGCGGGCCGCCGAGCCGGAGGGCGGCUUCGGCAGGGGCCCGGGCCCCGGGGUCCGGCAGGGCGGCCCGCGGGCCGGGAAGCCGCACAGGUGCGAGGCCUGCGGCAAGAGCUUCAAGUACAAGUCGCUGCUGCUCAAGCACCAACGCAUCCACACGGGCGAGAAGCCGUACGCCUGCCACGAGUGCGGCAAGCGCUUCCGCGGCUGGUCGGGCUUCAUCCAGCACCACCGCAUCCACACGGGCGAGAAGCCGUACGAGUGCGGCCAGUGCGGCCGCGCCUUCAGCCACAGCUCGCACUUCACGCAGCACCUGCGCGUCCACAACGGUGAGAAGCCCUACGAGUGCGGCGAGUGCGGCCAGGCCUUCAGCCAGAGCUCCAACCUGGUGCGGCACCAGCGGCUGCACACGGGCGAGAAGCCGUACGCCUGCAGCCAGUGCGGCAAGGCCUUCAUCUGGAGCUCCGUGCUCAUCGAGCACCAGCGCAUCCACACGGGCGAGAAGCCGUACGAGUGCCCCGACUGCGGCAAGGCCUUCCGCGGCCGCUCGCACUUCUUUCGGCACCUGCGGACCCACACGGGCGAGAAGCCCUUUGCCUGCGGCGCCUGCGGCAAGGCCUUCGGCCAGAGCUCGCAGCUCAUCCAGCACCAGCGGGUGCACUACCGGGAGUAGCGCGCGGCGGGCGGCCUGCGGCCCCGGGCGGGGGUGGGGGGCGGCGGGGCGGCCCCCGAUGGAGGGGGAGGCUCCGGAGAGAGGGCCCCCGCCUCCUGCCCCCGUCCUGCUCGGCGCCGGCAGCCCCGCGGGCCGAGUGGCCCGAAUAAAUUCUUUUUGAUUGACGGAAGUAGGAGUCGCCCCUGCCUGUCCCUGGAGAGGAGUGUCCCGCGUCUGGUCUCCUGGGACCUCCCGGCGGUCCUAACUGACCUGGGCCUGGAGGCCUCAUGACCGACCUGGAGCCACAGCCGGGUGUUUCCAGACGCAGAGAGCCAAGGCGGGGCGGGCGAGGUCGGGGCUCACCCUGCCUCUGCCCCAGGCGGGGUGCCUCCUGUCGGUUCCCGCAGCCGCAGCCACGCGCCAAGUGCUCCAGACACCAGAAGGUGGGGCCCGGACCGUGCGCCUCCAGAGAGGCCUAGGCCUCUGCAGCGGCAGCCGGGCCUUGGCUUCGGACUUCCAGUAGGCACAGAGCUCAGCCGGGUGGGGAAGCAGGCACCUGCCCCCUCCUGACCACUUGCGACCCCGCUCCGUCCCCACACCGAGGGGCUGCCCGGCCCUUCCCCCAGCUCAACUCCGAGCCUCACCUCCCCAGUUCCAAGCCUUUCGGCCGGGACCCUGUCCUGAGGGCCCUGCGGUUGGGCUGCCUCGCCUCUCUCGGCCCCACUCCCAGGGCCCCGUGGCCACCAAGCACUUUGGACUCUCGCCAUGCGCCCCCGCUCCAGGUGAGGGCAGCUCUAGGGGAGAGGAGUAGAUGUCAGUCUCAGGACAUCAGCUGAGGCAUCUCUGCUGGUGGCGCUGUGGCCUGAGAGAGGAGGGACGGCGACCUUCUUCGCACUCUUUGCCCUCCCUAAUACCACAAGGGUUUGCGGGGCCUCUGCCCUCCAGCAACCAGGCCGCAGAGCCUGCACGCACAGACCCCAGGGCGUCCCGGGGAGCAGUGGCAUCAGGCCGAGCGCUGGAAGGGUCAUCCUAUAGCCUCUACGUGGAGAGUGCACUUGGACACCAGCACCAGGACCCGACCCGGCAGGCAGCCCCCAAGAGCAGAGCCUGGUGGUCCUCCACACCACCCUAGACUAUCCCACAGACGCCUGUGCCCUGCACACCUGUCUAGAAGGACUGGAUGGGGCAGCGCCUGCAUGAGUCAAACCGGACCUUUUUGUUCUAGUCAGUCUUUCAACUGAUUAAAUGAGGCCCACCCACACUGA